UCAUCUUGAACCCGACUGCUUCUUCUGUCAACGCUAACUCAUCAUCCCGUCCGGUUACCUCGGUUAUUGCAUCCAGUCCAGCGAGCUCUCUCCACGAAGGCAGUCGGAAGAAAGGGACUAAUCCGACUAUAACAAUCGUGGCCGUCAUCCUUAGCGGCCAUCAUAGCAGUUAUCGUAAGAAGGAGGAGGCAAAAGAUAGACACACUCACAACAGAGUGUGGGAUAAAACCACCUCUACCCUCCGAUCAGAGCAAGCUCAGAGUCAUGGUCCACCUCCCUCUCAAACUACAAGACCAAAUCGAAAGCCCAAUAGACUUUCAGGUAGAUCCGCUCAACAUUACACAAUAAUCACCGUGUAG